AUGGACGGUGUCGGGAAAUUAGCAGAAGAGCCUUCAUCUUUCUUUCCUUGUUUACAACUAGAUCUUCUCCUGAAACGGACGCACAGAAAGACCACAGAACGAUGCCUCCAGGGGUAUGCAAACGCGCUCUGCUGAGAACUCGAAACCAGAGCAGUUGACCCAAAUUUUACACAGAUUUUUUGGCGCUACUUACAACGCAAUAGAACUCGAACGAAAUAGAACUGUUACAAUUUAGAACUCGCAACGUUAAAAUAUAACUGCCAGUUCUAAAUCGUAACAGUUCUAUUCCGUGCGAGUUCUAUUGCGUUGUAGCUCCGAUUUUUUGCGAUUUCUGAUGCAAAGCGGGCGCUCAACGUGAAUAUUUCAGAAUGUCAGUCCCUGAAAAGUUUUUUGGUCGCUAUCAGCUGGAUAAAAGUGAAAACUUUGACGAGUUUCUCUCCUCGAAAGGCGUCAACUGGUUCGUCCGACAAAUGAUAAAAUUGGCCGGACUCACCAAAGUCAUCGGACAGAAUCCGGAGGCCGGAAAGUGAGUUGAUUACUUUGGUUCCCAGUUUACAAAGCGACAUUCAUCAGGUACAAUAUGGAGAAUCUGACUUCGAAGAAGAACACCAACUACCAAGGAUGGGAACUGGGAAAGCAGUUCGAAGCUCCCGGCUUGGAUGGAAACCAGCACCAGGUUCGAGAAUAUCAGUCCCAGACGGACAAAAACGCAAGUCCUUUCUUCAGAUAACGUUCGACUUCAAGGACGACGUGCUUUCGGAGCAUCACAUCCGUCUCAACGAACCAGAAACAAGCGCGGAGACCUACUUCUACACGAUCGACGAUAACAGCCAGCUUGUGAUGAAAAUGGAGAACAAUGGAAUCGUCUGCCGCCGUUGGUUUAAGCGCGUUGAGCAAAAGUGA